GCCUUCCCCCGGCCGGGCCAUGGCGGAGACUCCGGGCGCCCGCUUCGCCAAGCGCCGCUUCCUGGGCGGCUUCGUCUGCGGGGCUGCGCUGGGCGCCGCCGCCUCCGGCCUGGUCGCGCUACGGCUCCUCCGCAGCCAGCCCGGCCCGGCGCCGGCGGACCCUCGCGAGCGGCCGCAGGAACCAGUGGAAGAGUCUCUGCUGGAACAGUAUGGAUUCCCUGUAGCUGGAACAGAGACCAGAUGUUACACAAAUCAUGCACUGUCUUAUGAUCAGGCAAAACGGGUACCUAGAUGGGUGAUUGAACAUAUUUCAAAACACAAGACACUGGGCAACGCAGAUCGAAGGCACUGCAAAUUCAGACCAGAUCCUAGUAUCCCGCUCAUGUUUAGUGCUGUCAAUGAAGACUACAUUGGGAGCGGGUGGUCGCGAGGACAUAUGGCACCAGCAGGAGAUAACAAAUUUUCAAUACAAGCUAUGGCUGAAACAUUUUACCUGUCCAACAUUGUGCCCCAGAAUUACAAGAAUAAUGCUGGAUUCUGGAACAGAAUGGAAAUGUAUUGUCGGGAGCUGACAGAGAGAUUUGAGGAUGUUUGGAUAGUUUCUGGACCUUUGACCUUGCCUCAGACAGGGGAUGAUGGAAAGAAAAGAGUUACCUAUCAGGUAAUCGGCAAGGGCGAUGUGGCUGUGCCAUCACAUCUCUACAAGGUGAUUCUCGCCAGGCGAAGCAGAAUGUCCUCAGAGCCCCUGGUGCUGGGGGCCUUUGUGGUGCCCAACGAUCCCAUCGGCUUCAGUCACCAGCUACCUGAAUUUCAAGUGCAUAUUGAAGACCUGGAGAAAAUGUCAGGAUUGGUUUUCUUCCCACAAGUGGACAAAAACAAAGAUGUUAAAAAUAUCUGUGAUGUAGACACCUGUAAACUAAUGGGGUUUGAUGAGUUUACGUUGUACAUCACCACCCGGAAAGUUCACAGUGCCAGAACACUGCACAGGCUGGAAAAGGUCAUGUCAGAGUUAAGGGAGAUGGGAAUUGAGCCUGACGAAUAUCUAGUGAAGCUUUACAAGAAGAAGGAGGAAGAACUAGUGCAGCAAAAGCAAAUGGAAGCUAGAGAAGGGAGAGCUGGUUGAGUAUGCAGUUCAGAAAAUAUAUUUGGAAUGUUAUAUUCUCAGAAAGGAGGCACGUGCGCACACUCAUUCUAGAUUUCAUGAUCUGGCCAUUUUAAAAAAAAAAUGUGGAAACAAUUAGAAGUUUGCGUUCAGGGUAAUGUUAAUUCUCUUGUAACAUGAUGUAUGUAUGAUUUGCUACAGUACUGUGUGGGAAAUGAAAAUGACCCUUUCCUGGCAUGACUGGAUUAUGGGGCCUCUGAAAAAGGCUUUGUACUAUUUUCUAAACCAGACGUCAGAAUUGGGGUUUGUAUGGAAUCCCUUCUAGGAAUAUUAUAAAAAUAGACAGUGGACACCUUGGGAGUAUAACUGGAAUCUGUCUAAAUGUAACUGACCCUACACAUGUAUUUUAAUACAAAGCUGUAGAAUAAAUGGUGUUACUGUGAGAA